GCUUCUUCUCCACCUUAGAAGAGUGAAAGUCGUUGUUGAACUUGAACUAUUGAACUAGCGACCUUUUGACCAGUCCCACCUUCCCCAGCCAGCCAGCCAGCCUACAAUUUAUGCAUACCCCGUAAAAACCUUGUGCGAAGCCAUUCUUUCUAUAAAAAUUCUCUCUUUUCUCUCAUCUUGAUAUCUUGAGUUCAUACUAAUCUUGAAAUCCUCUCUGUAAAACAUGAAUGAUCUCUUCUCCAGCUCCUUCUCUCGCUUUAGCAGCGAAGAAGCCCCCCCAGCUCACCAUGUAAUUCAGAUGUCUGAAGCGCCAUCCACUGGAGGGGUUAACCUUGACAAGUUCUUUGAAGAUGUAGAGUCCAUCAAAGACGAGCUGAAAGAGCUAGAGAAGCUUAAUGGGAAUCUUCAGUCUGCACAUGAGCAAAGUAAGACUCUGCACAACUCUAGGGCUGUCAAGGACUUGAGGUCCAAGAUGGAUGCCGAUGUUGCUCUAGCAUUGAAGAGGGCAAAGCUGAUCAAGGUCCGGUUAGAGGCCUUGGACCGGUCUAACGCAGUGAACCGGACUCUUCCUGGGUGUGGAGCGGGGUCUUCUUCGGAUAGGACUAGGACUUCGGUGGUGAAUGGGUUGAGGAAGAAGUUGAAGGAUUUGAUGGAUGGUUUUAACGGGUUGAGGCAGAAGAUAUCGACUGAGUAUAAAGAGACUGUGCAGAGGAGGUAUUUUACAGUGACCGGGGAAAAUCCUGAUGAAAAGACUAUUGAUCUCUUGAUCUCUACAGGUGAGAGCGAGACAUUUCUCCAGAAAGCAAUUCAACAACAAGGGAGAGGCAGGAUUUUGGACACUAUUAAUGAAAUUCAGGAAAGACAUGAUGCUGUGAAAGAUUUGGAAAAUAAUCUAAAGGAGCUUCACCAAGUGUUCUUGGACAUGGCAGUAUUGGUUGAGCAUCAAGGUGAACAAUUGGAUGACAUUGAGAGCAACAUGCAAAGAGCUAAUUCUUUCGUGCGAGGCGGCACCCAGCAGCUGCAGACUGCCAGGAAACUACAGAAAAAUACAAGGAAAUGGACUUGUUAUGCCAUUAUUAUAUUGCUGAUCAUCAUACUUGUCGUGCUGCUCAUUGUGCGGCCUUGGAAGUAGAGGUUAUUCACGGUCGAGCUGCUGGAGGGAGAAGAAGAAGAACAGCCAACCUUCAGGUUUAAGUGGGAAAUUAACAAGUUAUGCGCUGUUAUCUUGAUCCAACGAUGUGCAUUAAGAGAACCAAAUCUAAUGGAUGUUAUUGGAUUCCUUAUCGGUACCGAGCUUGUACAGUUGUGUGCAACAGUGAAAGCCUGUGAAUUUCUCCUGGGAUUCCGACGGUUUGGCAUCAGCCCUUGUUAAUAAUGUCUUAGAUAAUAUCUCCGGGAAACUGCCAGGUAGAAAGAUAUGAGGAGUGGCAGCACGCAACAAGCUUGCCUCCUACAAACUAUCCAGUUUGAUGCCUAUAGAACUGGCUUUUAGAGAUUAAUUAUUACCAGCUUUCCCCGACAGAGAAACGUAUUUACGACAAACUUCUUAGGUAUUGGGAACCAAUUACGAAUUUAAUUGCUUAUUGUACAUGAACAAGCCAGUUUUAAGCUAAGUAAAACAUCCUGGCUAGAUUGGAGUUUUCUUGGGUUAUUAUCCAACUCAGCCUUCAUAGCUUUUUUCCACGCAAAGUGGAAG